AUGGUGGUUCAGGCAAGAGGUGAAAGUGGCUUUGACCAGGAGGAUGGUGGGAGUGGCGGUGGUGUGGAGUUGGAUUCAGGGAAGAGCUUAUUCGAAGGUAAAAAUCCCCGAAACUUUUCAGACUUGGUGGCCAUCCCCUUCAGCCCUUCAGAGUACCUUACUCAGGAGGAGAAGGAGUUCUGUCCCUGGACAGGCAGGCGGGCGUUCCAAGGACCAUUCCUGCUCUUGACGUUAGAUCACUCACUACUGUUGCUGUUAGUGCCCCAGAACCAGGUUUGUGCAUCCGCAAAUUCCUGGCAAGAAUUUCAGGCGAGAGGUGGACGUGAGCGCGGCGCCCUGUGUGCUGAGGGGCUGCCCGCGCCAAGCCUGGUGGACACUGUAAAGACGAGGGAGGCCGGAGCGUUCUUCCAGGACCCUCGCCCCCGGGCGGGCGGCCGCGUGGCCGCAGCUCCUCCCCGUGGCUCCUGGGGAGCUGGUGGCGGCUGGGGGUCCCAUGCCACGCUUCCUGCUCGUUCUGUGCUCCCUUCCUCCUCCUGCCCCGUGUUCCCGCCCCGUGUUCCCGCCCGUCUCAUGCUCUCUGGAACCAUCUCUGCUCCCUCUGCCCCCUUGCAUGCUCAGCCCCGUUUACUGGUUUCCACGGAAAUCCAUCGGCAGUGGGGUUUGGGGAUUUUUGGAGAUGGAGGUGGAGGAGAUGUACAUGGUUUGGUGUGCCAGCCUUUCUCCUACCCCCGCCCUGGCCACAAAAGGAAAAGAAACCCUACUUUGAUUGGGUGGCUGAACCCCUUGUUUAAAAUCGGUCACAAACGGAGGUUGGAAGAAGAUGAUAUGUAUCCAGUGCUUCCAGAAGAUCGCUCAAAGCAUCUUGGAGAGGAGUUGCAAGGGUACUGGGAUAAAGAAGUUUUGAGAGCCGAGAAAGAUGCACGGAAGCCUUCCUUAACGAAAGCGAUCAUAAAGUGUUACUGGAAAUCCUACUUAGUUUUGGGAAUUUUUACGCUAAUGGAGGAAGGCACCAAAGUAAUCCAGCCCAUAUUUUUGGGGAAAAUUAUUAAUUAUUUCGAAGACCAUGAUCCUGCUGAUUCUGUGGCUUUGCCCGAAGCCUAUGUCUAUGCCACGGUGCUGACCGCCUGCACACUCGUUCUGGCCAUACUGCACCACUUAUACUUCUAUCAUGUCCAGUGCGCUGGCAUGAGGCUAAGAGUUGCCAUGUGCCAUAUGAUUUAUCGGAAGACAUUAUAUGCUUUCCAUUCUACUUUUCUAGCCGGAUUUCAGGCACUUCGCCUUAGUAACAAGGCCAUGGGAAAGACUACUACCGGCCAGAUCGUCAAUCUGCUGUCCAAUGACGUGAACAAGUUUGACCAGGUGACCAUAUUCUUACACUUUCUGUGGGUAGGGCCACUGCAGGCCAUAGCAGUGACUGCCUUGCUCUGGAUGGAAAUAGGAAUAUCCUGUCUGGCCGGGAUGGCAGUUCUAAUUAUUCUUCUGCCCUUGCAAAGCUGCAUCGGGAAGUUGUUUUCAUCACUCCGGAAUAAGACUGCGACUUUCACAGACGUCAGGAUCAGGACCAUGAAUGAAGUUAUCACUGGCAUAAGAAUAAUAAAAAUGUAUGCUUGGGAAAAGUCAUUUGCAGACCUUGUCACCAGUUUGAGAAGGAAGGAAAUUUCCAAGAUUCUGAGAAGUUCCUACCUCAGAGGAAUGAAUUUGGCGUCAUUUUUCGUUGCAAGCAAAAACAUCGUUUUUGUGACUUUCACCACCUACGUGCUUCUUGGACACGUGAUCACAGCCAGCCAUGUGUUCGUGGCAGUGACACUGUAUGGGGCCGUGCGGUUGACGGUCACCCUUUUUUUCCCUGCAGCCAUUGAGAAGGUGUCAGAGGCGGUUGUCAGCAUUCAAAGGAUCAAGAACUUUCUGUUACUUGACGAGAUACCACAGCGUACUCCUCAGCCGCCAUCAGACGGUAAAAUGAUCGUGCAUGUGCAAGACUUCACUGCCUUUUGGGAUAAGGCAUCAGAAACCCCAACCCUACAAGGCCUUUCCUUUACGGUCAGACCCGGGGAAUUGUUAGCUGUGGUCGGACCUGUGGGAGCAGGAAAGUCGUCGCUGUUAAGUGCCCUGCUGGGGGAGCUGCCCCGGAGCCAGGGGCUGGUCAGCGUGCACGGAAGAAUUGCCUAUGUUUCUCAGCAGCCCUGGGUGUUUGCAGGAACUGUGAGGAGUAAUAUUUUAUUUGGGAAGAAGUAUGAAAAGGAACGAUACGAGAAAGUCAUAAAGGCUUGCGCUUUGAGAAAGGAUUUGCAGCUUUUGGAGGACGGAGAUCUGACCGUGAUAGGCGAUCGGGGAGCCACACUGAGCGGGGGGCAGAAGGCCCGGGUCAACCUCGCGAGAGCAGUGUACCAGGAUGCAGACGUCUACCUCCUGGACGAUCCUCUCAGCGCCGUGGAUGCAGAAGUGGGCAGGCACUUGUUUGAACUGUGUAUUUGUCAAACCUUGCACGAGAAGAUCACAGUCUUAGUGACUCAUCAGUUGCAGUACCUAAAAGCUGCAAGUCAGAUUCUGAUAUUGAAAGACGGCAAAAUGGUGCAGAAGGGGACUUACACUGAGUUUCUGAAAUCUGGGGUGGAUUUCGGUUCUCUUUUAAAGAAGGAAAAUGAGGAGGCUGACCAGAGUCCAGCUCCAGGAUCUCCCGCUCUGAAGAAUCGGAGCUUCUCGGAGUCUUCUCUUUGGUCUCAGCGGUCUUCCAGGCCCUCACUGAAAGAUGGCCAUCCAGAGGGCCAGAAUACUGAGAAUCUACAGGUUACAGUGUCAGAGGAGAGGCGUUCAGAAGGAAAAGUUGGUGUUAAGGCCUACAAGAGUUACCUCACAGCCGGUGCUCACUGGUUCAUCAUCAUUUUCCUUAUUCUACUAAACAUCGCUGCUCAGGUUGCCUACGUUCUCCAGGACUGGUGGCUCUCCUAUUGGACAAAUGAACAAAGUGCCCUGAACGUCACGGUAAAUGGAAAAGAAAAUGUCACUGAGAAGCUCGAUCUUCACUGGUACUUAGGAAUUUAUUCAGGUUUAACUGUGGCUACUGUGCUUUUUGGCAUAGCGAGAUCUCUGUUGGUAUUCUACGUCCUUGUUAAUUCCUCACAAGCUUUGCACAACAAAAUGUUUGAGUCCAUUUUGAGAGCUCCAGUGUUGUUCUUUGACAGAAACCCAAUAGGAGGGAUUUUGAACCGCUUCUCCAAAGACAUCGGGCACAUGGACGACUUGCUGCCCCUGACGUUUCUGGACUUCAUUCAGACAUUUCUGCAAGUCUGUGGUGUGGUGGCUGUUGCAGUGGUGGUGAUUCCUUGGAUCGCGAUACUUCUGAUUCCCUUUGGCAUCAUUUUCUUUGUUCUUCGGCGAUAUUUCUUAGAAACAUCGAGGGAUGUCAAACGCCUGGAAUCUACAACACGGAGCCCGGUGUUUUCCCACUUAUCGUCGUCUCUCCAGGGACUUUGGACCAUCCGGGCAUAUGAAGCUGAAGAGAGGUUCCAGGAACUGUUUGAUGCACACCAGGAUUUGCAUUCAGAGGCAUGGUUCUUGUUUCUGACUACGUCCCGAUGGUUCGCCGUGCGUCUGGAUGCCAUCUGCGCCAUCUUUGUCAUUGUCGUUGCCUUUGGGUCCCUGAUUCUGGCAAAAACUUUAGAUGCCGGGCAGGUUGGCCUGGCGUUGUCCUACGCCCUGACACUCAUGGGGAUGUUCCAGUGGUGCGUCAGGCAGAGUGCCGAAGUGGAGAAUAUGAUGAUUUCAGUAGAAAGGGUGAUUGAAUAUACAGACCUUGAGAAAGAAGCCCCUUGGGAAUAUCAGAACCACCCUCCACCGACCUGGCCCCAAGAAGGCAUGAUUGUCUUUGAUAAUGUUAACUUCACAUACAGUUUAGACGGGCCUCUGGUGUUGAAGCACGUGACAGCGCUCAUUAAACCAAGGGAGAAGGUUGGCAUUGUGGGAAGAACAGGAGCUGGAAAAAGUUCCCUCAUCUCGGCCCUUUUUAGAUUGUCAGAACCAGAAGGUAAAAUUUGGAUUGAUAAGAUCUUGACAACUGAAAUUGGGCUCCACGACUUAAGGAAGAAAAUGUCCAUCAUACCUCAGGAACCUGUUUUAUUCACUGGAACAAUGAGGAAAAAUCUGGAUCCCUUUAAUGAACAUACGGACGAGGAACUGUGGAGUGCCUUAACAGAGGUGCAGCUUAAAGAAUGCAUCGAAGAUCUUCCUGGCAAAUUGGACACCCAAUUAGCAGAAUCAGGAUCGAACUUCAGUGUCGGACAGAGGCAGUUGGUGUGCCUCGCGAGAGCCAUCCUCAGGAAAAAUCGAAUAUUGAUCAUUGAUGAAGCAACGGCAAAUGUGGAUGUGAGAACUGACGAGUUAAUACAAAAAAAAAUCCGUGAGAAAUUUGCCCAGUGCACUGUGCUGACCAUUGCACACAGGUUGAACACCAUUAUUGACAGCGACAAGAUAAUGGUUUUGGAUUCAGGAAGACUGAAAGAAUAUGAUGAACCGUAUGUUUUGCUGCAGAAUGAAGAGAGCCUGUUUUACAAGAUGGUGCAGCAGCUGGGCCAGGCAGAAGCUGCUGCCCUCAUCGAAACAGCAAAACAGGUGUACUUCAGAAGGAACUAUCCAGAUCUUACUCACAAUGGCCAUGUGGCUCUGAACGCUUCCAACGGACAGCCCUCAGCCUUUACGAUUUUUGAAACAGCACUGUGA